UUCCCGCCGAGCGAGUCCCGUUGACGGCCCGGCUUGGCUUCCGGGACCUGAAGGACCUGAGGGCGGGGAAGCAUGUCGAGCUUCUCCAGGGCUUCCCAGCAAUGGGCCACUUUUGCCCGAAUGUGGUAUCUCUUAGACGGGAGAAUGCAGCCCCCCGGCAAGCUGGCUGCUAUGGCAUCAGUAAAGCUUCAAGGGCUGCACAAACCUGUGUACCACCAAAUAAGUGACUGUGGAGAUCACGUUAUCAUAAUGAACACGCGGCACAUAGCAUUUUCUGGAAACAAAUGGGAACAGAAAGUGUACUCCUCCCACACGGGCUACCCUGGUGGAUUUCGGCAGGUGACCGCCACCCAGCUUCACCUGCGGGACCCAGUGGCCAUUGUGAAGCUGGCCGUGUACGGCAUGCUGCCCAAAAACCUGCACAGGAGGACCACGAUGCAGAGGCUGCACCUCUUUCCCGACGAGGACGUCCCGGAAGAUCUCCUCAGGAACCUGGUGGAGGAGCUCCCGCAGCCCCGCAAGGUGCCCCGGCGCCUGGACGAGUACAGCCAGGAGGAGAGAGAGGCGUUCCCCAGAGUGUGGUCCCCACCCGAAGAUUUACGGCUGUAGAAUGGAAUUACAGGAAACACAGAGGGGCGGCAGCUUCUUCCCCUGAGCCUGAGUCAUCCAGGAUGCAGGGAGAACAAUGGCUGCUUCCGGUCCUUUCUGGGAGCAGCUCCGGAAGGGCGGGGCCUCGGCUAGAAUUCACAGUGUGACACUUUAUUUCAUAAAAGUAUCAAUUAAU